AUGGUCUUACACCAUGAAGUACCACUGGAUCCGGCAGUUUCACCAACAGAGACUGAGCUGAGAAUAAAGGGGGUCAUGGAGAAACUAGACCAGCUGAGCUCCACCACCAGCAGCACACACAGCAAAGCCACCCUCCUCCACCCUCAAGACACAUACUGCAGGGGGGAUCAGCUCGACGUCCUGCUGGAGGUGAGGGACCACUUGGGACACAGGAAGGAAUAUGGCGGGCAUUUCCUGAGGGCCAGGAUGUCCUCCCCAGCCCUGAAGGCAGGCGCUUCAGGAAAGGUGACAGACUUCAACAAUGGCACCUACCUUGUCAGCUUCACCCUGUUCUGGGGGGGCCAGGUGUCUCUGUCUCUCCUGCUCAUCCACCCCAGUGAAGGCGUGUCGGCUCUCUGGAGGGCAAGGAACCAAGGCUAUGACAGGGUGAUCUUCACAGGCCAGUUUGCCAGGGGCACCUCCCAUGUCAAUACCGAUUGUGCCCUCAUUUUAAAUUCAAGUGCUGAACUAAGUACCUGGAUACUGGUGACCAAGAAGCCUUUUACUAAAGUCUACAAAUAA